UCCAUGUGAAGAUAGUGCAGUGUUUACGUUGUUUGGUAUUUUGUGUUUUUGAUAUUGUGUGAAACGCAACAAUGGAAUGGGAUGAUGUUUUAUACGUUUCGUUUCUUUUAUUCAGUAUUUUAUUUGGUCAUGUAAUUCGGACUAUUAGGAGCAGAGAAAGAAAGAAAUACAUCGCCACACUUGUUGGACUACUUGUCGUUUACGCCGUAUCCGGCGUACAUAUUUUGCACCCUCUGCUUUCUACGUUGGUCAGUACGAUGAUUAUCACUCGUGGAAAUAAUAGAUCAAGCCAUUUAAUCAAUCUCGCAUUUUUAUUUGGCUACCUGUUGUUUUUUCGAAAUACCAUUUAUUUUGGAAUACCAUACCCACCACCACAUGCAAACCUUGUACAGAUGAUUCUUACACUCAAGCUUUCUGGCUUGGCUUUUGAAAAGAAUGAUUCCGAAAGUAAGAAUGUGUCAGAAAAGUCCAGCGAUAAGCUAGAACUCCAACAGCAAGAAGAAAUUAAUUAUGAUGGAUUGGAAAUAUUUCAUUAUGCUUUUUGUUAUGUUGGUGUUCUCACAGGUCCUUAUUACAGAUAUCGUACAUAUUGGGACUGGCUACAGUGCCCUUUUGCUGAGUUUGCACCUUGCAUUCAGGCAACAAUCCAAAAGCUUAAAUAUGUGCCAUUGUAUGCAGGCUUAUUUCUUCUUGCCUCAUACCUGUAUCCAAUUCAGUACAUGGAGUCAGAAGAAUUUUACAAAGAGAGAUCUAUUCUCUACCGUAUAUGGUACCUGACUCCUACGUUCUUCAUAUUUCGCAUGAGACUGUACACUGGCAUGGUACUGUCUGAAUGUGUCUGUACUAUGGCUGGAUUUGGGGCCUAUCCUGCUUCAGCUGAAUCUCGAAGAGGUCAUGGACCAACAAAAACAUACACAUAUGUGUGUGUUAACUCUGGAAAUGGAAAGAGAGAAUCCUAUGAUUUUGAAACAAUCCAUAAUGUUGAUCCUUUCUUAAGUGACUUUGUUCCAACUACUCGUGCUGCAAUGAAGCACUGGAAUUCUUGUGUACAGUAUUGGUUGGCUGUCUAUGUCUACAAAAGACUACCAUUUAAAAAGCUGCGGACUCUGAUAACUAUGGCUGUGUCAGCCUACUGGCAUGGCGUCCAUGCAGGCUACUAUUUGUGCAUGUGCACAGUUCCAUUCUACUUGCCUGUUGAAGACCUGUAUGUUCGACUUUUCCGGAAAGAUGCUAAAGGAAAUGAGGCAAAAGUGUGGGACAUUAUCCUGUGGUUCUUCAAGAUGCAAGAAUUUGGAUACAUGACAACUGCAUUCCUACUGCUUCGUUUGGACAAGACCUUACACUAUUGGAAAUCCAUAUAUUUCAUUGGGCAUCUCAUUGCUGCAGUGCUGUACCUUGUCGGCAUAUCUAUCGAAUACUGUGUUCAUAAGAAAAAGAAAGUACACUGAUUACACAUCAUGUUUUCAUGAUGCCUCUAUUUUCUCUCUUAUACAUAUUUUGUAGCUUGAGAGACCUCUGUUAGUAAUAUGUAAUGUGUCUCAAUUUGUGAUGUUUUGGGAAUGGUAUUGUGUAUAAUUCUAUUAUGGUUACAACCCAAUCCUGUGAAGCAAACAGCUAAAUUUUAUAACGAUCAUAAGAGGGUUGUGACAGUGGAUAAUAUACUUUUGAGGCUCAGGGAGUGAGGUAUAAUCAUGCAUAACAAGGCAAAGAAGAGGAAUAUGCUACUGGUGAAGUACUACAUUUCCUAAAAUAAAUUUAAUUUCUAAGCAUUAUAUUUAUGUUAAUCAGAAAAAUAGUGAUAAAUGGUAUGACAAAUCAGAGUUAAAAUGUUAAUCAUUAAGUGAUUGAUUGGGAGAAAGUGCCAGCAGUAUGAGAGCUUACGUUUUCCUCUAAUACUAAAAUAUUUAUUUAAAGUAAUUGGACUGAUAAAAAAAUCUGCUUGCCACUGGCUCCUUCUGGCAGAAGGGUCGAGCGGAAGAAGAUGGGAUGAAAGGAAAGGACAGGUGCGGUUUAGAAAAUUGACACAGUUUUGAGAAGUUACCCUGAACCCUGAUUCAGGGGGACUUAUCAGGUCAGAUGAGACGAAAAGAUUGAUUAUUGGCGACUGCAGCAGAAGAGAUUUGAAAACCUGAAAGCUUAAAGGUGGAAGAUAGACAGAGAUUAUUGCCAAAGAUUUAAGAAAAGCCGACUGCAUUGUAUGUGAUAGAGGUGGAGGAUGGGGGAAAAUAAACAGAUCAGAAAAUAAAAGAAAUAGCAAAAAAAUACAAGGGAUGAAGAAAGGAAUAGUUACUGAGAGGACCAAAGAAAUUAAUGUAAAUUAAGGCUGGGUGGGUGACAAGAACCAAGAACAUGUUGUAAUGUGAGUUCCCACCUGUGGAGUUCUGAGAAAUUGAUGUCGGGGGAAGAAGCGAGUUGGCACAUGUGGUGAAACAGGCUCUGAGGUCAUGACUGUCAUGUUGUAGAGCAUACCCUGAAACAGGAUAUUGUGUGUUGGCAGUAUACACCCUCUGUGUAUGUCCAGUCAUCCAAACUGAUAACUUGGUUGUAGUCAUACCAAUGUAAAAUGCUGAACAGUGUUUAUGUAAUAGCUGGUACACAAUGUGUUGCUUCACAGGUGGCUCUUACUUUGAUAGUAUAUAUUUUGCCAGCUAUAGGACUGGUAUUGGUGGUGGCAGGAGGGAGCAUAGGGCAAGUCUCACAGUGGGGAUGGUCUCAGGAAUAGGAGCCAUAGGAUAGGGAAAUGGGUGCAGAAAGAGCAUAUGGUGUGACAAGGAUAUUGCAUAGACUUUUUUUUUAAAGAGGGGGGGGGGGGGGACACCAAAAAGCUAUUCUAGGUGUUGAGAGCGAAAUGUUGGAUGGAAUGGAUCUCAUUUCAGGGCAUAGCAUUCUCAGAAUAGUUGAUUGAGAUACUGAGGGACAAGAAGAGAUGUACUCCUGAGUUGUUUCUGCAGAGAUGAGCGUACCAUGAUUGUACGUAAUGGCCUGGGAAAUCUGCUUUUAAACUAGCCUGUUGGGGCAAUUACAUCCUGGUGCGGGGGAUGGCAAUUGCAGAAUGCAAGUGCUGUUGUUUGUUAGUAGUUUUCAUGCGAGCAGAAGUGUGUAGCUGACCCUUGGUGAGGAUAAGGUCAACAUCAAACGGCAUAGGAUUUGGAAUAGGACCAUAUGAAAUGUAACUGGAAGAAUGUAUUUAGAGAUUUAAAAAUUUCAACAGGUCAGCCUCAUCGUGAGUCCGUAUGGCAAAGAUGUCCUUAGUUUAUACAAACCAAACCAGGGGAUGAAGGAUUAUGGAUCCCAGGAAAGCCCCCACCAGCUGACCCAUGAAAAAGCUGGCAUAGGAAGGAGCCAUCCAGGUUCCCAUGGCUGUAUCCCUGAUCUGUUUGUAUGUUUGCCCCUCGAAGAUGAAAUAGUAGUUGAUAAGUACAAAAUUGAUUAAGCUGAGCAGGAAGGAUUUCAUAGGUUUGGAAUCAGUCGGGCACAGACUGAGGAAGUGUUCAGCAGUAGACAGAACAUGUAUAGGGGGGAUGCUGGUAUAGAGUGAGGCGGCAUCAGUGGUGGUGGCAAGGUGUGUGAUGGGAUUGGGACAGACAGAUUUUAGAUGAUCUAGGAAAUGGUUGAUGUUUUUAAUAUAGGAGGAAAGUCUUUGCAGGUGUUGUUCAACUAAGACAGACAAGGGCACCCAUACCCGGCAGGUAAGGGGGCGGGCUGCUGCCCCCUCCACCACUAGUUCUCAGAGAAAGGAAAAUACAUAGUGUAGUCAGAUGUUUUCCUUUCAAGAAAAUAAUUUAAAAGUAGAUAUUGUGUGAGUUUUUAGCAGGUUUGGAACUGGAACUUCUUUUAUGGGUACUUAUAGGUUGCCAUUCGUCUUGCAAAAUAGUAAAAAUACUCCAGGUCUGGCCCCUUCCAUAAACUAUCAUAUGGGCACCCUGGAAGGCAGAUAUACAUUUGACGGGUGCCUUGAAGCCAGCAACUGUGAUAUAGUCAGGGUGAUUGGGUUUGUGGGUCUUAAGAGAAUGGCAAAAAGUGGGGGUGGGGGAUUCUUUGGGUGGGGUAAGAAGGUCUAUGGAUUGAGGUGCUGGUCUUUGUGUGGGGCAUGAGGUUUUAAGGAGGGAUUGUAGGUCUGUUUGUAUCACAGGGGUGGAAUCUUAAUGGCAGAAGCUGUAUGUAGAGGUAUCAGACAGCUCAUGUACAUCCUUGCUUACAUACUCCCAUCAGUCACUGGGAGGAUAAUGAUGGAGUUGUCGUUUCCAGGGAACAAAGAGCCUGGAAUCCUGCAGAGCACAGGUUAGGAUCAUGUUAUAGGGGCACAAGGAAGGAUUGUGGAACAUGCUGGAUGUUAAGAAUUCUUCUUGGCCAGACCCAUGCUCCUUCUGCACCCAUUUCCCUGCCCUAUGGCUCCUACCCAUAUGAUUGUUUCCACUGUAAGACUUGCCUUAUGCACCCUCCUACCAUCACCUAUAGCAGCCUGAGACAUGUCAUGUACUAGCUGUUACAUAAACACUGUUUGACCAUUUACAUGGGUAUAACUACCAGCAAGUUAUUCAGUUACGAUGAAUGGACUUAAAGUGUAUUGGCAACACGCAAUAUCCUAUUGCAGAGCAUGCUCUAGAACGUGACAGUCAUGACCUCGGUGCCUGUUUCAACACAUGUGCCAUCUGGAUUUUGCCCCCAGUCACCAGCUCCUCAGAACUCCACAGGUGGGAACUGAUGUUCCACCGUGUCCUUGGGUCUUGCCACCUACCUGUCCUUAAUUUAUGUCAAUUUCUUCAGUCUCAGCAUUUCUUCUCCGUAACUAUUUCUUUCUUCAUCCCUUUUAGUUUUCUAUAUCCUUUAUUUUCUGGCCUGACUGUAUUUCCCCAUCCUCCACCUCCACCACAAACAUAGCACUUAGUAUUCUGCUCUUAUUAACUCUUUGCCGGUAAUCUGUGUCUUGCUUAUAACCCUAUCUUCAGCUUUAGGCUCUCUUUUCCAAAUCUCAUCUGGUGCAGUCCUCAGUAAUCAAUCUUUCCUUCUCAUCCUGCCCAGUAAGUCUCCUUUGACCUGGAGUUUGGGAUGAUUUUUCUGAAGUUUCUCUGAUUUCUAAACCUCAACAGUUUUUUCCCUUCAUCCCUUUCCCUUCCCCUUCAACCUUCUGCAAGAAGUAGUAGCCACUUGCUCUGAAAGUUUGCACAUUUACUUAACCUUUAUAUUUGUUUUCUCCUGUUGCCAGUUGGUGAAUAGAUUUCUUUCACUCUCCAUUUACAUUUUAUUUUCAAAAAUUGAUUAGUUUCAUUUAAAUAAUUAUGUAGAUGUUUCUGACUUAUGGUACUAAUAAGUGUUGUUUUGAUAAUCUGUGAACCUGUUUUUAAUGUCUAGCACUAAACAUUUCUCAGUGGUUUAUGCAAGUUCUUAACUUUCUUUCUGAUGAAGCGUAUUGUUGCACAGCUUUUAUAUAGGAUCAAAAGCCAAUGACAUACUCGAUAAAUAUUUCAUUGGAAACAUGUUGACCACUGAUGACAAAGACUGUCUUAAAAAAGGUUAUGUUGGUUGAAUAGAUAUAUUUAAAGUCUGUUGUGACAGUAGAUAAAGUAUUUAUAUUUUUGUCUCGAAGUUGUUAGAGUCUAGUUCUGAUACAUUGAAGGUUCAAAGAGAAAGGAGAGAGAAGAAAGAUGUCUAAUGAAUGUAUUGCACAAAACAAUGUUGUGUGCUUGCCACAUUAUUUUGAUGAGGUGUACUGCAAACUGAACAUUUGUCUGGUUGUUUCUAACCCAUACAUUUUCUGUGAAUCAAUUUCAUUUUGCUUUCAAUUUCUGCAAAGCCUUAGCACAGCCCAAUUGCAUGUGUUGAAUAAAACUUCAGAUCCAGUCUCUGCCCUCAGUAAGCAUAACUUAAUUAUCAUGGAUCCAUUUGGUUCAUAUCUUGGUUACGUUCACAUUUUUUGUUUAUUCACAGGUUCAUUUGAUUUCAAUAAUCAGCCCACUGCUGAAUGGAACAGUUUAUUCAUGAUUCUUUUUUUAAUAUUUGCUCUCACAUUCCUAGGCUAAGCAUUUAAUGGACAGUAUCACUGUCCUUGUUUACCAUAUAUCUGUGAUAUUGUAUUUUUUAGAGGAAAGUGGGUAAAAUAACUGUUUGGUUAUUUGCCGAGUACUGUAAUAUUUCUCACUGUAUUUUUUCAGACAUGAAGUAAAUAUAUGGGUGACAAUAAUCUUUUUUUUUUUACAUCUGUAAUGAAAAUAUCAUCUGAAGAUUUUAUAAGUAAUUUUGUAGACUGUCGUAUAUUUUUUAUACCUCGUCAUUACCAUUUUCACAGAUCAUUCAUAAUGGAUGUCUUACAUGGACUAAACAAAUCAAUAGAAAAUCAGAACAUAUUUUUCUUAAACUUCUUCAGAUCUCGCUGUCAGUCCUAUUUUAUGCUGAUGUACACUUAGAAUAGAGUUCCCGAGAAUUUCAUGUAAAUUUUUCUGCUUUUCCUUCCUUUAUAUUUUUAAAGGAACCUGGACAUUCACAAUUUAUCGUUAUCAUAAUCUUAUGUUUUGUAAUAUUUGUACACUUCUUGUUGAUGGUUCUUUCAUAAUUCUUCAUUUGCCAGAGUUCUGCAAGAUGUGGAUAUGAAAUAUUGUUUUUAAAUUGUGCGGGAAUAACGCAACAUCAAGAUUGCCUGUAUUUGAUCCCAAGAGUGUAUACCUAAUUCUUCAUAUAAUGUACACCUACCUCAUUCAUAGUAUUAAUGCAGUCAAAAUAUUUGUGAAAUGAUUUGCCUAAAAGUAAGAAGUAAAACAGUUUAGAGAAACAUGUAACAUGCCUUUGAAUGACACUUCAAAUGAAGUACAACAAAUGAGGCAUGUCAAAUAUUUUGCUGAUCUGUUUUACUUCUUAUUUUUAGACAUUCAUUUCACAAAACAUUUGGUCAUUUAUAUUUUUUCCAAUUUGUUUACCAUGUUUUGUUCUGAAAGCAUGGAAUAUAAUAUUUUUAAAAAAUCUGUUGGUUUUCUAUUAUUAUUAUUAUUACUAUUAUUAUUAAGAGUGUACAGAUAAGUUUAGUUUAUGUUCUACUUUGAUAUUUGUUGUAUUUUUUCAACAUGAAACAAAUAAUUCCAUGGUUUCUACACAGUGUAACUUGUUAUAUGCAAAAUAGCUAGGCCUUGAAGAGAUGCUGUUGUUGGCCCAUUUGUCCAUUUCCGACUCUUCAUUGGGCUAUGAAACUUCGAAAAAAAAAUCCAAUGUGUAAUUUCUAGGGAAUUUUGUUUUCAUUCCACUCAAAAAUUUGACUAAAAAGUUUAAUGCAGUUCUAUCUCAUUUCUAUACUAAUAGAGUCAUUAUAAUAUAUUCUACUACAUUGAGUAAAGAGUUAGCAGUCAAAAUUUUGAACAUACGCAGAGCAUAUAAAAUCAAGGAGCACAUCUUCUGGAAGUAAUUGUUAAAAAACAUGUAAGUAAACAAGUAAUAGCAUUUAUGUAAUUUCAAAAUAUAAGAAUGAACUAAACAGAACACUAUAUUCAAGUUUGUUAUUAUUACUGUAAGAAACAUGCCUGAAGAGCAAUAUAUUUGUACAAAUUGUUAUAUUUUUA